AUGUUUUCUACAGAAUUUAAACUUCUGAUUAAUAAUGAGUUCAAUAACUAUUUCCAUCAUAACAAUGACAAGGACAUCCAAACAAUCCUCAACGUUUACGAGAAAAAUACACCAUUAUACUAUAUUAUGAAUAAUUACUUCCAGAAUUUCAAGUAUUACAUUGGAAAAAAUGACUUUGAUGUUAAAAAAGAAUACUUUGGAAAAUAUCCUUUAGAAUGGGCUGCAUAUUACGGUGCUUUAGAGUGUUUUAAGUAUCUUAAAUCAUUCUUUUCACUUACUAUUAGCAGAGAAUGCUUGAAUUACUCAUUAUUAGGCGGCAAGAAAGAAAUUAUAUUCGAAUGCCUCAACAAUGUUAAACCAAACCAAGAAACAAUGGAAUAUGCAAUAAUGUCACAUAAUUUAGACAUUGUGAUUUAUCUUCGAAACAAUUUUAACUUCGAAAUUGAUCCAAAAAUUGUUUGCAAAUAUUUUAAUUUGGAAGUUUUAUUUUACAAGAUUAGUCAACGCGAGGAAAUCAAUAAAUGCAUGAUAGAAUGCUAUCCUUUCUGCUUGCCACAUCUUGUCUCCUAUUUGUUAAGAAAUGGAGCUGAUGUUUUCGCAACAAAUGAUGAUAGAUUAACUGCAUUACAUAUUUAUUCCUGGAAAGGAUUACCUCAGUUAUCCAAAGUUUUACUUGAUUGCGGAGCUGAUGUAGAAGCUAAAGAUGAAGAUGUUAUUACUCCUUUGCACAUGGCUUCAUUUGGAAACUCUCCAUCUUCAGUUUGCUUGCUUGUUGAAUAUGGAGCAAAUCCAAAUAAGAAAGAUUUUUAUGGAGAAACUCCUUUCCACGCUGCGAUAAAGAAUAACAAAUUAGAUGCAGCUGAAAUGCUUCUCAAAAAAGGCGCUGAUAUCAAUAUCAAAGAUUAUUAUGGUAGAACACCAAUGCAUUAUGCUGUUUCCCAAGGUCAAAUCGCUCCUAUCGAUUUCUUGAUUGAACAUGGAGCUGAUUUAAAUUCAAAGGACAAUAACGGAAGAUCUCCAAUUUUUGACGCUGCAAAAUCAAAUUCUGCCCUUAUUAUAGAAAAACUUGUUGAAAACGGAAGUAAAUUAGACAUUAAAGAUGAUUACGGAAUAUUCCCCUUUCAACUUGCAGUAGAAAUGGGAAAUCCACAUGUAAUUAAUACUUUGAUUCAAUUAGGAGUAGAUGUCAACAUUAGAUCAUAUGAUGGGAAAACAAUGUUUGAUAUAGCAGUGCAGAGAGGAAAUGAAACUAUUGCUUUACUUCUAAAAGAGAAAGGAGUAAAAGCCGAUAACAAUGAAAUCGAGGCCUCAUCAUGA